AUGGCGUUAGAAUCCUCCUCCAACAAGAAGCCUCUGGGUCCAGCGUCUUUUCCACUUCCUCACCUGUCCUCAGGUACCCGCCUUGCUUUAUCAUAUCCGUCUUGGAUCUGCCAGGAGCCAGGCACCCCACUGUAUGCAGAUGAGAUGGACCAGAAUAGUCCCCGCCUCCUCAGCUCAACUUUUCAAAAUCAGAGACUUUUACUACUUUGGGGUUCUCCCAAGCACAAAUGCCGAGAGUUUACCACACCUCGAGGGCGGAGAGCCACCAGGCUUGGUUUCCGAUGCCGCCUGUCGAACUUUCGAGAUGUUGAGAGGUUCGCGAACACUAAUAACGGGACGCCGGUAGCCGGGCGAGGAGGACGGCGCGGGGCAGAGCCGAGGAAAGGAGGGGCGGUUCCCGCGGGCUCCAGGAUGCCAGUGAAAGAUAAUAAAGAUAUACAAGAAGAAAAAGUCUCCUGCCACAUGGAAAACAAAAAAAUUGUGGCAGGAACUUUAUCAGAAUUUAAAAGUCACAGCUGUUUACCAAUACCGACUACUCUAGAAUCACUUUUUAAAUUAAAAAAAAAAAAAUCCACCUUGAGAUGGAGGCAGGGGAGAAGUGAGAGGUGGCCCGGCGGGGUGUCGGCGCUGGCGGGGGCGGGCAGCGCGAGAGUGAGCCCGUGGCUGAGUGAGUUUAUCCCUGCGGGCGGUGAGAGGAAAAGGGUCGCGGCGCCAGCUAGCAGCGGCCCCCCUCGCGGUCCCCGGGCUCGGCGGCGCGGUAGCGGCCCAGUUGUGAGGAGGCGGGGAAGCGAGUGUCCGGCGCCAGCCACGGACGGCAUGGACGUGGGCCCGGACCCUGGGCUGGUGCAGAAGUUCAGCUGCCUGGGCACCGCCGACAAGGACGUGCUCGUCUCUGAGUUCCAGCAGUUGCUCGGCUUCCAGCUCAACCCGGCCGGCUGUGCUUUCCUCCUGGACAUGACCAGCUGGAACCUACAAGGAGCAAUUGGCGCCUAUUAUGACUUUGAGAGCCCAAACAUCAGUGUGCCGUCUGUGUCCUUUGUUGAAGAUGUCACCAUAGGAGAACGGAAGUCGAUAUCCCCUUAUGCUCAAUAUAUAAAAACAUGGCGCAUCCAAAAUUCUGGGGCAGAGGCCUGGCCUCCAGGGGUUUGUCUUAAAUAUGUCAGGGGAGACCAACUUGGACAUGUGAACAUGGUGUUGGUGAGAUUGCUAAACCCCCAGGAGAUUGCAGAUGUCAGCGUCCAGAUGUGCAGCCCCAGCAGAGCAGGAAUGGAUCAGGGACAGUGGCGGAUGUGCACUGCUACAGGACUCUACUAUGGAGAUGUCAUCUGGGUCAUUCUCAGUGUGGAGGCGGGUGGACUUCUAGGAGUAGCACAGCAGCUGUCAUCUUUUGAAACGGAGUUCCACACACAGCCACAUCGCAAGGUAGAAGGAAACUUCACCCUGUUUGCCUCUCCCCAAAAGAACCGACAGUCAGAUGAAAAAAAAGACCCUGGGCGUUCCGGGUUCCACUCGAUCAGCAGAAACACACGGGCUCCCGCGCCUGACCAAACCGAGCAAGAUGAGAGUAGACUCCCCCAGAACUCUGUAAAUCUGUCCCCCAGCAGUCACGCAAACAACUUAUCAGUCAUGACUUACAGUAAGGGGCUCCGCGGGCCUUACCCCUUCAGUCAGUCUUAAACGGGUGUCACCAAGAAGAAAAAUUAACGAAAGACACAAGGCUUGA